AUGUCCGACGACGAAAGAGAAACCAAGCCAUUCAAGUUCGUUACUGCAGGCUUUGACGCUCGAUUCCCUCAUCAGAAUCAGACCAAGCACUGCUGGCAAAACUACGUUGACUACUACAAGUGCAUCAACGCUAAGGGCGAGGACUUUGCUCCUUGCAAGCAAUUCUACCUUGCCUACCGAUCCCUUUGCCCGAAUUCAUGGCUUGAGAGAUGGGACACUCAACGCGAGAACGGAAACUUCCCUGCCAAAUUGGACUCUUAG